AUGGGGGCAGGCUGCGCUAAAAAUGUUGCGGGAGAACCCCAACGGCCUCCAGUUGCAGCUGUGUACGGAGGUGACUCCAACAGACGCACCUCCACCUCUUCCUUUGUCGCACAGCAGCAGCAGCAGCGGCAGCAGCAGCAGGCGUACGCACAGUCGUGUCGAUCCAGGUCUUCUGGCUUAAGCGUCGCCAGCAGCGGUAGAGUUUCGCGUAUUUCUCUUUUGCCGCAGCCACCUCCCCGCGUAGCAGCAGCAGCAGCAGCAGCAGCAGCAGCAGCACGAUCGCGCACAGGAAGUAUUCGUCGUCGCUCCAGCAAUUUGUCUGCCUCCUCUCAACACUCUCCAGCUUCUGCUCCAAACAAGAAUCUGCCCGCACAAGGAGCAGUAGGCGCAGCUCCUGCUGCAGCUGCAGCAGGCACGGGAGGAGCUGCUGCAACCACCUCAGCUGCAGCAGAGCCGCUAGCUCCACCGCAGCCGCAGCAGCCGCAGCCGCCACCGCCGCAGCAGCCGCAGCAGCAGCCUCAGCAGCAAAAUGUAGCACCUGCUGCUAUCGCCGCUGCAAUGAUGGCUGCGGGGCAGCAGCCACCACCCUCGCUCCCUCCGCCGCAGCCGCCGCAGCAGCAGCAGCAGCAGCAGCAGCCACUUCCAGCAGGGUAUAGCUACGCAAGCGGGCAUCCUCCUCACCACAUGCUGUCUGGUGAAUUAACGGAGUUGAACUCAGGUUUAUUAUUUCAUAUUAGGGUGUAUGCAAUGAGGGCUCGGGGCCUCGGCUUCGAGUCUACGAACACCGCCACCGCGCUGCAGAUACAAUGGGCUGCUCCAGUUGCUGCAGACACCCUGGGGAUAGAGAGAAAGCCUGCCUCUAUACAGCAGCAGCAGCAGCAGCAACAACAACAACAACAGGAGCAGGAGCAGGAUGCGGAGGAGAAGGAUCAGCAGGAUAAUGAAGAGAAGCAGCAACAGCAGCAGCAGGAUGAACAGCAGCAACAGCAGCAGCAGCAGGAAGACGAAGAAGAAGGGGAGCAGCAGGUGCUGGUGCUAACCACAGAUGCUGCACGAGGCCGCUCACCUCGCUGGUUUAAUUCUUUUGAAUUUACCUGGCAUUCCUCUUCAUUGACGCAGCUGCGCCGGAAGGCGCUCGUCUUCUCUGUUGUAGAGGUGCCGCAGCAGCAGCAACAGCUACCGCAGCAGCAGCUACCGCAACAGCAGCAGCAGCUACUGCAGCAGCAGAAGCUGUCGCAGCAGCAACAGCAGCAGGGAGGGUGGGGCAGGGUGUUGGGUUGCGGUUCUGUCUGUCUGUUUGCUGUUGCUACUGGCCCUGUACAUCACGAUCUGCUGCUGCGCUCACCUGAGACAGGAGCGCCUAUAGGGCGGCUGAUGAUGGAUGUGCGCAUGCAGCAAAUCUGCGAUUUAAUAAUAAAUCCUAUUGAAAUCCUUGCUCACUUUAUUGACUCCGAGGCCUCUGCCGACAGUGGAGGCUCGGACGCAGAAGAUGAACAGGAGCAGCAGCAGCAGCAGCAGCAGCAGCAAGAGCACGAGCAACAACCCACCGCUGUGGCAAAACGCAAAGGAGCAUCUGCAGAAACUGCUGCAACAGCAGCCAGCUCGGGAGAAGGGCAAAAAGUAACCGAGCCAAAUGCUGCUUCUCCAGCGGCAGCAGCAGCAGCAGCAGAAGAAGAAGAAGAAGAAGAAGCAAGCGCUUCUCGUCCGCAGCUGCGUGAGUCCAAGUCGGAGGUAUUCUGUGCUGCACGUUCUACUUCGCUGCAUUCGUUUGCAAGACGGUCGCGCGACUUUCGUUGCGGGGAGAGGCAGCGGAGGCAAGCAGCAGCAGCAGCAGCAGCAAGCCGAGCAGCAGCAGCAGCAAGCCGAGCUGCUGCUGCAGCAAGCAAAAGAAAUGCCCGAGCCCAGAAGGAUGAUUCGUUCACCUCCGAUGCGGAUGGCAUUAGCAGAGGCAGCAGCAGCAGCAGCAUUGUGCGCAGCAGCAGCAGCCUGAGCAGCAGCAGCAGCGGUGAAUCUCCGGAUCUAGAUGUUGAGGAGGAGGCGUUAGGCCGUUUAAGUGCACAUUGGCUGCUCUCUUUCUCCCCUACAGGAGUAGACAACCCAAGAGAGUCUUACUCUCUGCAAACAGAUAUGAUGAUGCAGCCUUAUUGGAAUUCUGUUGAUCACGCCCUGUUAAAACGCCGCAUCCGCAGUCGCGCCCUCUCUGUGGCCUCAGCAGCCUCUGCUCCUGCCGGGUGUCUAUCUAGAAAUGUUUCUAUGAAAGACAUCUCACCUUCAGCAACGGAGCCCAACACCACCACCAGCAACACCAACCCCAGCAACGCCAACAACAACAACAACAACAGCAGCAGCAGCAAGGAAGGAAGCCCUGCAGCUGCAACAGCGGAGGGGGAAGCUGGCGAGACUGUGAAGGAAACGAGAAGCGGAGUGGUUAAAUCAAGUGAAGGAAUUCAUAAGAAGGGCGGGAGGCAUGGUGCAAGUUUGCGUUCGAGUGUAUCUGCAGUUGCGGUGUCUCGGCAGCAUCAUCUUCAUCGAGAUCAUCUGGAUCCAUUCACAACUUAUGAAAGAUUGGCUGCAGUAGCAGAGGAGGGAGACUUAAUAUUGUUAGUGCUGUCCCUCGCCUCUUCUAUGACUCUUACUUUAGAGAAAAGCUGUGGCUCGAUGGAAGAAGAGUAG